AUGGCGGAGCAGGUGGAGGCGCUCUUCGCCCGCCUGGACACCGCGGUGAAGAACGGGCAGAGCAAGCGGGGGCUGAAGGCGGCCGAUGAGAUCCUCAAGCUGGCCCCGGGCGACGAGGAUGCGCUGCGGUGCAAGGCGGUGCUGCUGAUCGAGUCUGGAAACCAUGAGGAGGCGCUGAAGCUGGUUAGCCAGCCGCCGCUGGCGGCGAGCAUGGCGUUUGAGAAGGCAUACUGCCUGUACCGCCGCAGCAAGCUCCCAGAGGCGCUGGCCGCUCUGAAGGAGGUGCCUGCCGACAAGGAGGUGGCACGCCUGCAACUCGAGGCGCAGAUUCACUACCGGCUGGGCGACAACAAGGAGGCCAUCGCUCUGUACAGCGAGCUGUUCCGCAGCCACAGCGCGGAGAGCCGGGAGGUGCAGACAAACGUGGUGGCGGCGUAUGUGGCGGGCGGGCGAGCCGGCGAGGUGCCCGCUGUCAUGCAGGCGAUGAAGAUCUCAGCCAAGGACAGCUUUGAGAUUGCCUUCAAUGCCGCCUGCGGCCUGGUGGAGGCGGGGCAGCUGCGGGCGGCGGAGGAGCAGCUGCAGCUGGCGGUGCGAGUGGGCGAGGAGGCUCUUUAUGACGAGGACCUUGGCGAGGAUGAGGUGGCGGCUGAGCUGGCGCCCGUCACCGCCCAGCUGGCGUACGUGGCCGAGCGGCUGGGGCGGCGCGACGAGGCCGUGGUGGGGUAUGAGGGCGUGCUGGCUCUGGGCCUGGACGACGCCAACACCGCCUCGGUGGCCACCAACAACAUGUAUGCCGGCCUGCUGGCCGCCGCCACCUCGGCCACCAGCCGCAAGGUGGCGGGGGAAGCCGUGAAGAAGCUGGACGCCUUCAUGGAGCGCAGCGGCGGCAUCCUGCGCAUCAAGGCGGGCCUGGAGUCUCGGCUCGGCGCCCCUCAGCGGGAGGCGCUGCUGUGCAGCUAUGCCGGCGCCGCGCUGCUGGCCAACAAGAACGACGUUGCCAAGGAGGCCAUCAGGUCGAUUGAGAAGCAGCUGCCGGGCGCGGCGGCCACCGCCAUGCUGCAAGCCUCGCUGUUCUGGCGGGAGGGCAAACCGCGGGAGGCGGAUGCGGCGCUGGCGGCGCUGGCGGCGGGCGGCGGCGGCGGGGCCUCCGAGGCGGCGCUGAUGAGGGCGCAGUUGGCGGCGGCGCGCAGCGACCCGCAGCAGGCGCUGCAGCACCUGUCGUCCAUCUCUGAUGCCGCCUGGCAGGCCCGUCCCGCCGUGCUUGCCACCAAGCUGGCGCUGCUGGAGGGGCAGGGGCAGGCAGAGGAGGCGGCGGGCAUGCUGAGCGCGGCGCUGCAGCAGUGGCACGCAGCGCUGCCGUGA